AUGCGCACGCUGAGGUGCACCUUCGCGCUGCUGGACCGCCGCGUGCCUGACUUGUCGUUUGAGGAUCGACGCCUCGACGGCCUUGCGCUCCGCAACGCUUUACACCAACAACACGCCAUCAACGUCAACUCUAAUGUCGCGCGUGUACGGUUUUACGGUAGCUGCGAGCGAUGCGGAGCAAUCUACAGCGCGCGGAUCGGCCGGGUCUGCUCUGAGCCCGCAUCCAAGCUGCGAUACACUUGCCCACGAUACGGCGGCGGAAGCGGGCGGAGCGUACGCUAUACAGCAUGCGUAGGCGCUGGUAUCAAACGUCGCGCUCGAUUUGUACGCGAUACGCUUGCCCACGAUACAGCAGCGGAAGCAAGCAGAGGCAGCGGAAGCAAGCAGAGCGUACGCUGUACAGCAGGCGUAGGCGCUGGUAUCAAACGUCGCGCUCGAUUUGUAUGCGGUACGGCAUCUCCAAAGGUUGGACUGACACGGCGCUUCCUGCCCGCUCUCGACCGCGACGCGGAAUACCCAACCGCCACAACGACACCGCAGCGCGCCAUCGGGCGUACUGGGAAGGCUUAUAUUGGCUUCACAAGCCGUUGCAGCACCGUUACAGCAACUUUAACACCUUAG